GAAUUUGCAUGUUGGAAUCUUGUGACAAGUUGUGGUCGCAUCUCGGUCAUUUUCACCGAGUAACUCAACACUUUUGUCUCGGAACGUGCAAGAGACACCCAUACUUGCUUAAGAGUUCAUUACUGAAUCGAUCCAAGCACGUGCAAGGGGUUCGAAUUACCGUUUCUAAUCUACGAUGAUCGAGGAGCCGUCAUAGACACUGAGAGCGGUCGAAAGGAUUUGUUGUUUUGAGGGGGAAAAAUAAGUUCCUGUGGAGUUUUUAUGCCGACGUUAUUCCUUCCUGAAGACAGUCCGGCUUAAUUUACUAUUGCCGCCUAAGGAAUGAGAGCGGAUGUAGCGUUUGGGCUUACUUCUUGACGAUAUGCCCGAAAUCGGUCGGGAUGAUUACGGCCAGUUUGAUAAAGGAGAAAGAAGGCUUUGUCAGGGCAGAUUGUGCUCGAGCAACGUCCAAACGGAGAAGGAUUUUGCCGUUAAGGUUUGUCAUCAUGAAGACUGCCAGGAAACAAACUACGGAAAUCCUUUAUUGUUGUGUUUGAGAUGUGAUGAAGUCCACCAUCUUGGAGCUGGUUCUAACCAUGCACGGUUCGAUGUCCCGGAGAGGCCAAGUACAAAUAUUAUUAGGACGCCAUCAAGCCAUUCGGCAGGUUCAGAUUCAGGAAAUGAGGAGGAUGUUGAAUCUGAACAAAAAGUGGAAAAGAAGAACAGAGGAUAUUCCUCUGGGAAACGGAUGUUUAAAAUUAAUGCGGCGGCGAAGAAAAAACCAAGACGCCACAACACCGAAGAUCCAGGGAGAGAAUUUUUUAGCAUUAAAUUUUUUGACAACAAAAGUGGAGAAUCCCAUGUAGAAGUAGUGCCUGCUUUGAAAGGAAAGUCUCUGAGGGAAUCUAUCGAACCUCUUUUUGAAGCACAGGAAUUUUCCUUUUCAACUCAUUCUGUCUUUCUGGACUCAUCUAAUACUCCUUUACCACUCGCAUUUGAUACCUUUCCACUGGGUGGAAAUACUCUUCAUGUUAGAGCCAAUGAAGAUUUUAAAGGGGAUGAAAGAGUAAUCAAUAUCAUGAGAGACUCGUAUGCAGAGGAGAAGAACAAUUCAGACGAAACACCCACACGCCCGAAGAGCUCAUCCUUUCUGACGCGGUCUGGUUCUUUUACAACAAAGGGGAAAGAGAAAGGCAACAUUAGAAGGUUUGAUGAUGACAGAGAGAGGGAGAACUCAAGAGAUGACAAGCUCCUACAGCAAUUCAAUAAGAAUACCCAAAAGGGCAAAAAGAACAUGGAAUCUUUGUUUGGUAAAGAGUUUGGAGGGACCAUGCCUCCUACACUGUCAAGUCCUGUUCUUCCUGGUGGAGUUCAUAUUAGUGGGGGUGGCACUGUGCCACGGCCAAAGUCAGCCAGUCGCUUGACUGGAUUGUUUAACCCACCUAAACCCAGCAUUAAGGGAACUCUGAAAGACUCGUUAGAUCGAUAUUCCCUGUACGGUCUGGAGGAUAGUGCUGAUUAUGACUCUGGGCUAAAGAAUGAAAUCGAAGAACAGAUUAAACUUGAAUCAUCUUGGACUGAAGUUGUAGAUGAAAGGCGCAUUGGGACAAUGACAAAGAAAGAGAAAGACCAGCAAGAAGCUAUGUGGGAACUUUUGUCCACAGAGGCAGUGUAUAUAUCAAAACUCUACAUAAUCAAAAAGUUGUUUCUCCAGUGCUUAAGAAAUUUGCAGAGUGAAGGAUUUCUUGUAGAGAUUGAGGCAUCUAAGUUGUUUAAUAAUGUUGAACAAAUAUAUGAAGUCAAUUUAGCAUUUUGGACAGAACAUCUUAGCAAGGUUGUUGAAUAUGCAAGGAAAACAAAAGAUCUGCUAAAUCCUUUGGAUAUGGAAGCUGGGUUCAACAUGUUCGAGGCUCAGUUUGAUCCAUACAUAAAGUACUGCAUGGAGGAGUCUAAAUGUUUGAAAUACUACAAGGAAAAGCUGGUUGAGAAUGAAGAUUUCAAGACGUACAUCACUUGGUGUGAAGAUCACAGGUUUUGCACUGACCGGCUGAAGUUAACUGACUUGUUGGUUUGGCCCAUGCAAAGAGUUACAAAAUACCAUCUUCUAUUGAAAGCCAUUGGUAACAAAACCAUGGAGGAAGACACUAAAGAUGUUCUCAACAGAAUGAGAGUUAAAGUGGAAACAUUUGUGAGUAAAGUAAAUGCUGCCAUGAAGGAGAGGCACGAGUUGGAAAAACUCAAAGCAACUGCAGUGAAGAUUCACAACAACUACAGUGUUGUAGAAGCUGUCAAUGAGGAGAUGGAAAAGAUUCUCCAAGAUUACAGCUCAUACGACCUCACCAGACCUAUGCCUGGUUUAACUGAUGAUCAACAUCGUAGUGUCAUUCAUGAGGGAAAUCUGAGGCUUCUUGAAAAACAGGGAAAAAUGGAUGUCUAUGUUUUUCUCUUUACUGAUUUACUUCUCAUAACCAAAGCAAAGAAAGCUGAUAAAUUCAAAGUGAUCAAACCGCCUCUCCAAGUGGAUAAGCUAGUCACUGCCAAGGAUCAAGGAGGGACCUUCUUACUUAUUUAUGUGAAUGAGUACAACAUAGCUGUACAAGCAUUUGCUCUCCAAGGGACGGCAAGUGAUCAGGCACAGUGGAUGGAUGCAAUAAAAAAGGCUCAGAAAUUGUUCAUGGUUGCCAAAUUGGGGCAGGGAUCUAGUAAUGUACACCAUAUGCAAAAUCCCAACGACAAUGACCUUGUAAGUCCCUCAGGCCUUGUUACACCCUCUGGACUUUCACCGGCACUUCCUCGACCUCAACGCCGCAGAUCAUCUGGGUCAUCAAUUAUAUCAGUGGAGUCUGAUUCAGAAGACGAGCUAGGAAUGAACUUUUCAACCUUAAAUUCUCGUGCACGUUCUGACUCGGCAUUGACCACAGGAAGCAGCACCCAUUCCUCAGAAGUUAGAGGUAAAGAAGUAGCAACUAAAUCAACUAAAUAUACAGAUGGUGCUGCAUUACAACGACAGGAAGAAAUACUUUCAGUAGAAGAUGAACAGUUGCUAGAGGGAGCAAUGGCUAAGUCACGGUCUGAAUCUCUUGGAAAGAUAUCACGGUCCUCCUCCGCACCUCCGAAGGAACGACCACGUGUUGUGGAUUCUAGUUCCCUGUCGAGAUCUUCAUCAGCCCCACAAGGGCCCACGUCUGUGCGUGUGGCAAGUCUAAGGGAAGCCAUCAUAAUGAAGAGGAGAACUACAGAGGAGCAGGAUGGAUCUGUCACUUCUUCAUCUGCAUCAUUAAAUGACUCAGCAGGUGAUUCAGAGGUUCAGUCACCGUUGGCAAAUGCAGCUGUUGAUUUUUCAUUAGUUCCUCCACCAAAUUAUCAACAAACUAACGAAGUCAGAUCUGAGCCUCAGUCUCCAAAUCAGGAAGACUCUGGUGGAGAAUCACCCCGCACUCCUGCUGAGGAGAAUAAUAUUCAGCCUCCUUCAUCUCCUGAAAAAGGAGUCUCAUCUUCUAUGUCUGAUAAUGACUAUGAAAGCAGCGAAUAUGCAGGAGAACAAGAGGAGGAUUCUGUUGAGGAACCCCUCGAGUCUGAAGGUGAUUUAUCACCAAGUAAAGACUGUAGAAUGGAUCUUUCAGUUCCACAGGUGGGUCAAAUGCAAGAAUUUCAAGCCCUGCAAAAUUUAUCAGACUCUAUGGAGGCAACUUUUAAAAGUAAUGGACCCUCCAAACAACCGCCACUGAUAAAAUCUCAACUUAUUGCUCAAGAUAAGAUCCAAUCUGCAAUAACAACGACAGAACAACCACGCAAGCGUAUAUCACUACCAAGAAGAUCAUCACCAGUGAUUUCAAGAAAGACAAGACCUGAGAACAUAAUAAGACAUCGUGAUAGAGACAGUCAUGAUGUAAAUGGAAUCAUACAAAAAAUUCGAGAUGCAUCUUCUGCAUCAGCCACAGAAGCUACAAUUUCAAAUCAAGAGCGUGGGCACAAAGUGGGGAAACUUACAAAAAGGUCUUCUGAGUCUACCAGACUUCCUGUGAAGCCUGAUAAGGCACACUAUCCCACAAGUGUAGACCUGGAAGAAUCCCAGGCAAAGGCUGAAAAAAAGAAGGAACACUGUAAUUCAUUGUCGCGCACCAGAAAAAAGAGCAUGUCUCUUUCAGACCUUCUGAAUAUAGGAAAAGACCUGACAAGUAAUCGAGAUAAAAAUAAAGAUAAAGAGGUGGACAAAGAUAAAUCACACCCAAAAAAUUUGGAACCAACAAGUCCCUUGACUGAUGAAGAUGCCAUUUCUCCUACUUCUGUUGAUGAACUUCGCUAUAAAAGAGAAGAGAAAAGAUCUCGCUUUAGUCGACUCCGCAGGAAGUCUAGUCGAGGUGUGGGAGAACUGAAGGAUGGUAUUGCGUCUGGUCCUGAUAUUGAUCCUAAAAGAGCCUCAAGGCAUUUCUUUAAGGAGUCUCUCAUGUUGGAAUCUUCGGAGUAUGUAUAAAGAUGCGCCGAGGGAAAAUGCAAAUAAUUAAUUUAAAUCGAAAAAAUGCAAUGCCAAGGACAAUAUUCCAAGAGGCCGAACAUCAAUAUUUCUACGCGAAAAGUUAUUUUUGUCGUGCUCUUUUAUGACUUUUGCCAAGAAAAUCCGUUCUUAAGCGAGAAACAACCAUGGGUGCUCAAAGGUCGUUGCUGUACGUGAUCUGAGCUGAAUCACAAGUUCCUCGGUGCCUCAGAUGGAAAAGAAUCCUUUGGAUGUGCAUAUUUUGAGUUAAUGUCUAUUGACCUUGGUUUGAGACUAAUUGGACUAGGUUGGUUUGCUGCAAAGGGCGUGACUGUGAAAGGGAAGUGAUGCCGAGUGAGUAGUAAGGCUUUGGUUGGUGGAUUGAUUCUCAAGCUGGAAUUGUUUUUCCAUGUUUGGUGAAUGUAGUAUGGUGUUCCAGUCAUCACCGACUGAGUUGCGGGUUUUAAAGUUCCCGGGUGGAUUUUAUCCCUGUCUGGUGAUGAAAGGGACACAGAAAAGGUGUACGGUUAGUCUUUUGCUAGGAUGAGUCGUGGGUUCCAAACCCAGUUGGAGCUGUGCUCCCUGCCUAGAGAAAGGUUGAACCGUGGAGGGUCAACGGAUGGGUUUUGAGGGUGCGUGCUUGUUUGAAGGUGAAGGAGUUACCGUUGUUUAAACCACAAGUUGUGAAGUCUCAAGAAGUUGCACCUUCCAACUUGCAUUACUUGAAUGUAAGAUUUCAGUUGUUAAGCUUGCCUUUUGAGCGCCCAGGUUGAUCUCUGAUUUUAGAGUUUCUCUAAAAGCUUUUUUUAUCGAGAUUCUCUCUCUCGUUUUAUCUUUAAAGAAAUCUAAGUAGACAUACUUUUUUCAAUAUCAACUUAGCUGUGUGGACACCUUACGCGUUUUAUUGAAUGUAAACAGUGUACAUAGUGGUUGUAAAUUUUUAGCUUUGUAGACUACAUGGUUGAAUUUUCACCGAAUGUCAGUUUGUGGAAGGGAAGGAAUUUUUUUUCAUUGUAUUUAUUGACCAAUUUUCUUUUUUUUUUUUAUAAAUACAAAUGCGAACAGAGUGCACACCGUUA